UGGAGACACCCUCGCCAUCUCGCAUCAUGGCCCAAGCUACUGAUUCCCUUGUCGUCCCGCAAACGCAUUCAGACCCAUCGACCCUUUGCUCAAUGAAUGUGUUUGAGUCCUUAGAGGAGCUAGAGGAGGAGUGGUCUAGAUUAGACCCGCUAGCUUCUUGGACGGCACUAGCUAAAGCCCCGAAGGGUGAGAUGUUCGUCAGCGAGAUAGUCGUAGGCGGUCGCAAGUCCGGGGCCUAUUAUGACACUUGCUCGACACAAAACUUUAUUAGUCGCGCGUGUGUUGAGAGGCUGCGUUUACAGGGGCAAGUGCAGCGCCUGAGUCGACCUGUGGAGUCGACCUGUGCCAACAACCAGCGCAUGGUAGUCCAUGACUACCUUCAGGAUGUAGAAUGCCUAAUCCCGUUCGCGGGAGGGGAGUUGAGGCAUCGUGUCUCAUUCCUAGUGAGCGACGAUCUCCCUAUGGAUAUCUUGUUAGGUAUUUACUACCUCUCUGUAGCACAACCCCAGUUUGACUGGGACCGAAAAGUGGUCAAGCACACUUUGCCAGGUGGAGGGACCGCCAGAUUACACAAGUUCAAAGCUAGUAGUCUGAUCGAUUCCCAUGGACGCAUGUGUGCGGCCKCGUUCUAUAACUACUAUAAGCAACAUCAGGAGGAGGGUAUGUACUUAGUAUAUGUCUCUGCUGCAGGCGAGCCGGUGAAAAUGCCGCCGGAGAUAGAGGGAGUAGUUGCCAAGUACCCUGAUCUAUUUGAAGAGCCAACAGGGGUUGUUGAUGGGGAGGUCGUCCACGCGAUAGAGAUUAUCCCAGGGUCUAGUAUUCCGAAGGGUAGGAUCUAUCGGAUGUCUCCAGGCGAGCUUGAUGAGCUUCGCCACCAACUCAAGGAACUCAUAGAGAAGGGUUGGAUCCGGCCGAGUGUCUCUCCUUACGGAUCUCCAGUACUAUUCGUACCUGAGAAGAAGGAGGGCACUCUCAGGAUGUGCAUUGACUAUAGGGGCCUCAAUGCCAUCACUGUGAAGAACAGAGAGCCCCUACCGCGCAUUGAUGAUCUGUUAGAUAGAGUGCAAGGGUACGGUCUGUACGAGUUUGUGGUGAUGCCUUUUGGCCUUUGCAAUGCUCCUGGCACCUUUCAGCACGCUAUGAAUCGGAUAUUCCAUGACUACUUGGAUAAGUUUGUCGUCGUGUACCUCGAUGACAUACUUAUUUUUAGUAAGACUGUCAAGGAGCACGUAGCACACUUAGACAAAGUUCUUAGUCUCCUGCGACAACACAAGCUCAAGAUCAACGGUGAAAAGUGCGAGUUUGGCCGCACCCGUAUCYUGUACUUGGGUCAUGAGAUCUCCGCGGAAGGGUUGAAGCCCGAUGACGCGAAGGUGGCCAGCAUUCGCGAUUGGCCACGUCCUCAGUCUGUGACUGAGAUGAGAUCUUUCUUAGGAAUGACAGGCUAUUAUAGAACUUUCUUGAAGAACUAUAACAUAGUGGCCGCUCCUUUGACUGAUCUGACCCGCCUUGACACCCCAUGGGAGUGGACAGAUAAGUGCGAGGCAGCUUUCAGACAUCUGAAGCAUGCAUUAACGCACUAUGAAGUCUUGAAACUUCCUGAUCCUGUCAAGCCGUUCAUAGUCACCACGGAUGCCAGCCAAUACGACAUUGGCGCCGUGCUCGCACAGCAGGAGGGGCCAAAGUUGAGGCCAGUUGAGUACACGUCUAAGAAAAUGCCGUCUCAGAAGUUGGCUACGUCCACUUAUGAGAAGGAACUCUAUGCGGUGUACAAGGCUCUCACCCAUUGGAGACACUAUCUCCUUGGGAGGUUCUUCAUCCUCAGAACUGAUCAUCAGACCCUGAAAUGGAUGAGAACCCAGUCGGUACUCUCUGACGCUCUCAAGCAUUGGAUCGAAGUCAUUGAGCAAUAUGACUUUGACCCUCAGUAUCUAAAAGGGGAGUAUAACAAGGUUGUUGACGCCCUGUCGCGCAGACCAAACUUCUCAGGUGCGCUGAUUACUGAGUUCAGUCUCACGGAUAAUGUUACUCAAUCUUUGGUGGAAGCCUAUCGCGAGGACCAGUUUAUGUCUGAGAUCAUACGCAGACUUGAGGCGAAGGACAAGAAGACGUCCGCCGAGUUUGAGUUGGUUAAUGGCUUGUUGUUCCUUGGAAAGGCAAGGAAUAAACGAUUGUGUGUUCCCAAUAGUGAGUCUUUGCGUAGUUUGUUUCUAGGUGAGUGUCAUGAUGCCACCGGUCAUUUCGGGUAUAAGAAGACCGCAGCCAAAUUGCUGCAGCGAUUCUGGUGGCCCACGAUGAUGCGAGAUGCACAGCUGUACGUGGAGACUUGUCAAGUUUGUCAACGGGACAAGCCCCGUACUCAGGCUCCUCUUGGGCUGCUCAAGCCCCUUCCGAUUCCGGAAAGGCCAGGUGAAAGCUUGUCCAUGGACUUCAUGGAUACGCUGGUCACCAACAAGAGUGGGAUGAGGCAGAUCUUCGUCAUCGUGGAUAGGUUUAGUAAGUAUGCUAGGUUAAUAGCCAUGCUGGAAAGGGCGAAGACCGAGUAUGUAAUCAGGCUGUUCAAAGAGAACUGGGUGAGGGAUUUUGGAUUGCCUAAGUCUAUUGUAAGUGACAGGGAUGUCAGAUUUACAAGUGAAUUAUGGAAGGCCGCUGCAGCUGAACAAGGAACUCAACUGCAAAUGACUUCUGGAAACCAUCCAGAAGCAAACGGYCAGGCUGAACAGAUGAACCGCGCUGUYCAACACCUGUUGAGGCAUURCAUUAAGCCCAACCAGGUGGAUUGGGACGAGAAGCUUGCUCUUGUCGCCAGUCUGUACAAUAACGCUGUACACAGCGCUACCGGGGUAAGUCCUAACAGUCUACAUCUUACCUUUAGGCCUAGACUGCCUUUAGACUUCCUACUUCCUGAUAACCAGCCAACUGUUACACCAGGCAUUUUGGAGUUCGCUUAUCGUUACGAACAGAAAAUGCAGGAGGUUGUAGAGCACAUGCAGAAGGCGCAGGCAGCAAUGAUUGAAUCUGAGAAUAAACACCGCCGCCCUUCUACAUUUCAGGUUGGGGACAGAGUCUGGGUCAAGUCUUCAGAACUGGGACAGGAGUUCGGGAUAUCCCGCAAACUCAUGCCUCAGUACUUUGGACCUUGGGAAGUUUUAGACGUAGUAGGGACAGAUCCUGAUGGCCCAUCUUAUGUCAUCCGUAUCCCUGGUCAUCUCAGAACUCACCCAGUCUUUCACGCCUCUAAGCUCGCUGCAUCCAAGGAAACUGAUCAGUUUCCCUCUCGUCGGUCAAUGCUGCCCCCAACCAUGGACGGAGAAGUCGACAUCGAUGAUAUCGUCGACCACAGGGAGAUGCCCAUUCAGAAGCCUCCAGGAAGGGGACGUCCUCCAAAGCCAAAGCUGCAGUUUCGUGUCCACUUCAGACAUCACACAGAUCCGAAGGAGGACCGCUGGUUUACUAGGGAGGAAUUGAUGCAGACCGCUCCUCAAGUCGUUGUCCGCUAUGAGAAGGAUGUAUUGAAAGGAAAGCGCCAGAUGGCUCAGGAUUGAUCUUCUCAGAGGACUAACGAAGAUAUGGAGGAGGGAAUGCGAGGCUACGCCCGCUCAGCCCCCUUGG